AUGCUCGCGGGGGCGGCGGCGGCGGCGGCGGCGCUGCUGCAGGAGCCCGCGGGCCUCGCUGCCAGAAAGAAAGAAAGGAAGAGCGGCCGGGGCGGGCCCGGCGGCUCGGAAUUAGAUGAGUGGGAGCAGAGCAGAGGAGGGCGGGAAAGCGCGCUGUGUGCAGAAUGGGCGCAGCCGGCCGGAAACGCGGGGGCGGCGGGGGCGCGCGCGGGGGCGGCGGGGGCGGCGCCGCUUCGACGCCCGGCGCGGCUCGGUCCCAAAAACUGCGCGUCGGCGCCGGGGCGGGGGGCGAGGGCUCGGGUCUGCUGUCGUGCGACUCCUCCCGUACCAGACAAAGGGCAACGCGCGGGCCGGGCCGCCUCACCUGUUACUGUACUCUCACGGCGGAAAGUAAACAUUACAGAACGGAGGACCGUCCGCGCAAGGAACGCCGAGUGGGGUUCAGUGAGGAGCUGGAGGCGCCGGCUGAGGCUGCGUAAUCAGCUUAAUCAGCAGCGGCUGCCGCCCCCGCCGCCCACGCCGCACCCGCCGCCCCUGCCGCCCGCGCUCACGUAA